AUGUCGGCCAAGGUGGCGGAUCAGGGACAAAGGAAGUUGCAGCAGACCAACGGGGUGCUGGAAAGUGUUUUACUUUUAGGGGGCAGGAACCCCAUAUGUGUUUUUAACACUAUAGGGUCAGGAACAAGUGUUUGUAUUCCUGACCCUAUAAUGUUCCGUUAUUGUGUUAGACGUGCUUCGUGCAAUAAUAUAAAAUUGUGGCCCAGUUGCAGUUUAUUAUACUUAUUCUUUUGAUAUACCUACAGGCUGGGACAUUUUCAGUGGCAAGCCAGGACAUAUUGAAAAGUAGAGAGAUCAAAAAAGCUAAACGGAGAAACCCUGGAAGUGAGGUGAAUUCAAAUGUUUUUUUGUUUUAACAUCAAUCCAGCUUUUUGGGGAUUUUGACUGUAAACCAGAAUUUUUAAUUUUAGGUCAAAAUAUGAGUUUGAUAUUUAAAUCUCUAUUUUGUAUUUACAUUUUAAAAAUAAUUUGACAAUUCUCACAAUUCCUGAGUUUCAUUAGUGUAAGUUCAGUAGAUGUGUGCAACUGUAUGAGACUGUUUGUAAAGGUAAACAUGAAUAUUGCAUAUUAUGUGUAACAGCUUGGUGAUUCAAGAGGAAAUCAGAUUAUCAUGUUAGUCAUGGAAUUGGAAAUCUUCAAGUAUGGGCUUCACCUUCUUCUGGAUCAACAGCAGUAACAGAUGCAUGAAAGGCUGAACUUGAUUAACUUGAGUUUUGUUUAUUAUUUUUUUGUGUGUCUUCAUGCCUAUGUCACUGUCAUCAUUCUGAAUAUCUCUAAUUUCAGUCUGAAAGCAGUGGUGCUUUUAAAGGAUUUAAAGGUCUAGUCCCAUCAUCUUCCGCUUCUGGGGUUUCCCUUACUACUUUUGGAAAUGGAUCAGGAUUUAAACCUACGACACUGUUGAGUAAUGGAUCCAGCACGCUAAGUACUUCCUUGUUCGUUAACUUGACGUCCACAACCAACACUAAGCCAGCUUUGGGUAAGUUAUUCAUUUUGCAGAGCUCAAACACAACCCACCAUAAGUAUUCUGUGGUUUUAUAUAGAAGUACUUCUAGAUCAAAUAAGGGACGCUGGUUGACUCCUAAAUGCUUUCUAGUUCAAAAGUCUUAAAGGUAUAGAAUUUUUUUUUAAAGAAAUUCGGCUAUGGUGACGUGUCUGCCAGCAAUGGUAUCCAUGUGUGUUAGUUCCUGUGUAGUCUCUUUUUGGUAGCUAGUGCCCCCUGUAAGUGGGUAUGGGGUGCUGAUGCCACGCCCAGUUCCAGUAGUUAACUGAAAAUGGGCCUAAAUAGGUUCAAUGCAGCACCCAGGUAUCACAGGGAGAGUGUUAAGUACAUCAGGGCUUGACAAAUUUGUUUUAAAUCUAGUAGCCAUUUUUUUUUUUUAAACUAACAAAGCGUUAUUUUCAACGUCCAAAUACAAUUCUUAAACGGAUACUAUAGUCAACAGAAUCACUACUACAUUAAAGGAGCACUAUAGUGUCAGGAACGCAAACAUGUAUUCCUGGCCCUACAGUGUUAAAAUCACUAUAUGGUUUACAACAAAAAGCCUAUACUUUACUUGCCAGAACUAAAUUUAGCUGUAGUUGUUCUGGUGACUAAAGUGUCAAAUUAUUGAAGUUGUUCUGGUGUCUAUAGCCUGUCCUUGCAGACUUUUCAUUGUAAACCGUGUUUACAUUGCUGCCUAGUAAGACCACUAGUAGAGGUGCUUCCUAGUCCAGUGCUGUAUGAGGAGGUGCUGAUUGGUGUAGUGCGAGAUCUAGAGAAACAAACAAAAAUGUGUGUUUUUGAGAUGAUUCCUCUUUAGUGAUUACAGUUGACAAAUUAAUUUCUUAAUGAAUUUUCAAAUAUAUAUGACAGUCCAAAAUAAAAAAUGAGUUUGAUGGAGUUGAGAUUUAUAGGAAGCAUGAAUUUAUGGCACUUGUAAUUUAAAUAUCUAUCUUCUUACAAAAACUGUCAACAGACCUAAAACUCCCAAUGCUUCUUGCUGAUUUGAACUGAGUUAAUGAAGAAAAACUGCUGGUUGGGAAGGCCAAGAAGUCCCUUUACCAGCAGAAUGUGUUGUAAAAAUGGGGGACUAGGACAGAAGAUGCAGAGUUGAGAUUCAUAAUGUUGCCAACAUUUUUGUUUUUAAAAACUAUACGAAUUGCACUUUGCAAUAAAAAUCUAAUUAUGAAGGGCUAAAUUAAAUGCAGUUGUUUGUUCCGACACUGUCCCUUCAAGUCAGUGUUUAUUUUCUUCUCUCCAGGAUCUUUGUUUGCAAAUGGCCCUUCACCCACCCAAGGUGCUGGUUCUUCUAGCACUGCAAAAACCAAUGGAGAAGGCCUUUCAUCUACCUCUGGAUUACCUCCAAAUAAGUCCAGUAACAGUGACUAUAGUAAACAGUUAAGCUCCUUGAACUGCUGCGUGCGUGACUGGAUUGUAAAACAUGUCAAUGCCAAUCCUCUGUGUGAUCUCACCCCGAUCUUUAAGGACUAUGAGAAACAUUUGUCUAACAUCGAACAAAAGUUUGGGUCUAGCACAGAUAGCGGCUCAGAAAGUGAUGGCACCUCCAAGCCAAGGCAGAAUCGGACCACUCCUUCAUUUGCUGCUCUCAAAAGCAGUAAUGAGUGCGCUGUUUCAGUUAACAAAGAGAGUGCAUCAGACAAGCAAGAAAAUAAACAGCAGUCUGUGCCUACCUUUAAUUUUGGCCAGAAAGUGGACAGCUCAGCUUUUACCUCUACGGCACCCAUUGGCUUUUCAUUCUCUGCUGGGCUGUUUGGAAAAGAUCUGAAGAGUGGUGCAACCACCUCUCCCACUUCAGUCCAGCCGACCGAAUCUAAUAAUGGUGGUGAUGCAGGUAAAAUCUUUUGUGCGAAUUGAUGACAUUUUGCUGUUUUUAGAUUUGUUUAUUUACAGUACACCUAGAAUUGGGGAAAAAAUGUAUUGUCCCUCUAUGAUCACAUACCUGUCUGAUCUGACAAUCAAUUCAACUUUAGUAAUUCGCUGUUCCUGCUGUUGUGAGUUACUAAUGCAAAGAGAAUCAAUUAUUUGGGAUAUUGACAGCUUUUCGUAGGGGCAGGGAGUGAAAUUUAAGUCCAGAUUGCACACAGAAACGUAGUCUAUACUGUGAGUAAUCAGUCUUACUUUUCACCUUGUGGUGGGUUAAAAACCUGCAUGUUGCUUACAUUAUUAUUGCCAUUUAUAUAGCAGAAUCCAUGGCUCAUUCUGUUUUUCACAAAUCUCUAUUCUCCUCCUUCCCCCAUUCCCCUUUGGUAAUUACAACAGAGUUGUAUCUGACUUGUGAUAGAAAUGGAAACUAUGAUAGACCUUCCCUGGCAGGAAAAAAUUCUGAUAACAUCUUCAAGUAUCCUCAUAUUGGAUCACUAGAAGGCAAAUCUAUAAAAGAUCACCAGGCAGGUGCGCAGUGAGGCAGCGCAGUAAAUCUGAUGCAGACUAAAAAGUGUUAUGCUUCCUUUAGGAGUUUAGCUUUAUAUUUUCUUCUGUAGCGAUGGCCAAAAGGUGGUUGAAUAAUGUUGUGGUAAUUGUAGUACUAAAACAUCGGGGAGUAGCUACCUGUUGACUGGCACCGAUAUGUAGUCUCUGGCAAUUUGUGCUGAUCUUGGCAUACAAUUUUCUUUGGAAAAGGGAAUGUGUCAAAGUUUUUAGUUCUGUGAAAAUUGUGCAAGAACAAUGAUGUGGUUUACUUUUUUUUUUUUUUUUUAAUCAAAUUAUCAGGAGCUGCAGAAGAGGAAGAGGAGCCACCGAAAGCUGUAAUUCAAGAGGUGAAGGAAGAUGAUGCAUUUUAUUCCAAAAAGUAAGUGAAGUUCUCUUCAGGUUUUUAAUCUACAUUAAGAUGCAAUAACAUGUAAGCUCAUUAAGCACAGCACUCGACCCAAUUGUUCCAGUGCGUCCAACUAGUCUGGUCACAUAUACUUGUUUGUCUACCCAUUGUGCAGCACUGUGGAAUUUGUUUGCGUUUUAUAAAUGUUUGUUGCUUGAAUGACCUGCACCAUUGCUUUGUUCACGUCUGCUCGUGUUAUCCUUGUGCCAAUACAUAAUUUUCUUAUUUCAGUUAGUUUCUCUGUCCAUGGUCGACCCAGACAUGGUCCUCUCAUGUUUUAUAGUAGUGCAUUGAGAAUAAUUGGAGGUGGUGAGGAAAAAAGUGCUUGAAAUAAAACCCAAUACUGCAUUUUGACAUAUUUCUCACACUGUAAAAUGUAGACAUAGGAGGUAGCCCUUGUCUUAACAAAACCUAGGAAGCUGAAACACUACUGCGUGUGCUUAUUUAAUACUAAAUAGCACCUUUUUUUUCUGUUCUGGCUCAUAAAGUCUGCAAAAUGAUCACCUCUUAAAAAGUACUGUGAGAUCUAGUCACUAAAUGCUGAACGCAGCUGGUUUUAGCCAUUUGGCUGUUUAUAUACUUAAGCAAAUAUUAUUUUUAUUAAUAUACUACACUAUAUUCUACCUAUUUGUUUUCUCUGCAUUUCUUAUGCAGUACAAAGUCAGAAUCAAGGGGUAUACUUCAUAUUCUUAAGUGGGGAUUGUACCGCUCACGUACAAGAGUUGAGGAUGCGAACGUAGAUACACUACACUAUAAUUCCAUACGUUUGUAUCUUUUCCUGUCACGGAUGGGUGUAAAUUGUAUAUAAGCCAUGUCUAGCCAAGAGUGACAAGUUUGAAUCACUUGGAAGGUGUUAAGUCAUUUGACUCAAGUACCCAGCAUGCUGCUUAUGAAGUGUUGUAGGUGGCUGGAACUGGGUACUUUGUUUUUUCAGUAAGUGUGUAGAGCCAUGUGUCUAACCUCUCUGCCUUUUAUCUAUAACCCCUAACAGUAUACUUUAGUCAGGCCAUAGAAUAUGAAUAUAUAUUUAUUUUUACGUUUUGGUUGGGUUACAGAUAGUUUCACUAGCAUGUAUCUCUACUAUGUUGUACUUUUACAUUGUUUUUAGUUGUGAAAAAUCUGAUUUUUGUUCCAGGUGCAAACUCUUCUAUAAAAAAGAGAAUGAGUUUAAAGAGAAGGGAGUGGGAACACUCCAUCUGAAACCUGUUGCUAAUGACAAGACGCAGCUCUUGAUAAGGGCUGACACCAACCUAGGUGAGUGACUCCAGUAAGGUGAUGUGAGAACCUGCUUUCUAUUUGCUUCUGUGUCUGAGUAUGUAAGAACAUGUCCUGUCUGUUAUAUUUCAAAAAUAAAAGCCCCAACAUGAACAUUGUUUCCUGUUUCGAAAUCUUAGGGAAAUUUGUCAAGACCUGAUCUUUGAAAUGUAAUGCUCACCGACUAUUGAUGUUUCUAUUUAUAUGUUAAAAUAGCUAAAUUUAAUAGAAACUCUUUCUGCAUUGUGAGGUGUGCAAUAUGCAUUGUGCUCUACUAGUUUCUGCUCCUGUUAUUGGAAGAAGCAUUUUGCGCAUAUGUCUUAUAUCCCCAAUGGUGGAUAAAAAAACCAGUACAUUGGUUACUGCCAAGGUAUAGCUCAAAAUCUUGUCUAUAUAAUAGAGAACAACUCUGUCCUGUUUGAUUUAUACAUGUUUUGAAGUUCAUGUUUUUUUUAAUUUAUUGUAGGUAACAUUUUGCUGAAUAUUUUCGUCCAGCCCUCUAUGCCAUGUUCAAGAACUGGGAAAAACAAUGUUAUGAUAGUGUGCGUUCCAAACCCACCAAUCGAUGAGAAGAACCCCACCGUGCCCAUCACUAUGUUAAUUAGGGUGAAAUCUGCAGGGGAUGCUGAUGAGCUGCACAAAAUUUUGCUUGAGAAGAAGGUGGCUUAA